AUGCUCAAGCUCCCCUUCUCCCGCCUGGUCCGCGAAAUCGCCCUCCAAUACCAGCCCUCCGCCGAGGAGCUGCGCUGGCAGUCGCAGGCGAUCCUGGCCCUGCAGGAGGCCGCCGAGGCCUUCCUUGUGCACCUGUUCGAGGACACCAACCUGUGUGCCAUCCAUGCCAAGCGCGUCACCAUCAUGCAGAAGGACAUCCAGCUCGCCCGCAGGAUACGCGGUGUCUGGGGCGGUGCUGGGUGGGUGUGA